CCACCAAAAAAUUUAAGCGAAAAUAUGCUUUUUGUGGGAAUCGAAGGUGAAAAUCGGCGAAAAGCUACUGUGCGAAAAGUUGCUAUUUACGAAAGUAACCCAAAUUGGCACCAAAACUGGCCAGAUCCUCAACAAUUCGGCAACCUUCCAGGAUAUGAGCGUGGAAUGAAGAGAUAUGAAGAUGAUGUCGAUUGGGAAGCUUUCACUUGCACCAGUUCUGGUGGCAGAAACCUAAAAGGCACCAAGAGUAAUCCAAAGAAUUUAAGAACUGCACCACAAUCGAAAGAUCAAGAAUUAGUCGUGGGCAAUCUUGCUUUAAAGAUUUCUGGUGAAACAAAGAGACCUAUUCAUGUAAUUCGGGGUUUCUGUUUAGACAAUGAAUAUGCAUCGGAAGAAGGAUAA